UUUUUAAGCAGAAAUGGUACUGCAAUGACUAGAAAGGGUUAAUUGAUCUGUUUAUAGCAUGACUUUCACAGUGCUGUCUGCUCCUAGACAAAACAAGUACAAAAUAUUAGAACAAAUCUUCAUUUUUGGUUUCCAGAACAUCAUCUCUCUGUUUCUGGAUGUUUUUUGCAGGUGGUGUUUAAGGACUCUGAACACUUGCCUGGUGUUUCUGGGUGGAGGGCUUGAUGGAUCAUAGGGAUUUUGCCGAGGUCUGCUGGGUGUGUCCUCUUGUGAAUGAACUCUGCACCAUAGGUUUCUGGAAAUGUUUUACAGUGUGUGCUGUAACGAAGAUGAGGAAAAACAAGUGUAGACAAAUGAUUUGGAGACAGCAACUGGGAACCUAAAGGACUUACUCUUUGAUUUACAUCCAGUUUCUGAUGGCACGAUGUUUUUACAUCCACAAUAAAUUUUGUAGCCUGUCAACUAUUUGCCCUUUUGGCUGCCUUUUGGUUUCGUAUUUACUUGGGUCCCAGUCAUGCCAGCUCUGCUGUUCGCCAUGCAUUUGCCACCCUCUUUGGAAUAUACUUUGCUGUCUUCUGCUUUGGGUGGUAUUCCAUUCAUCUUUUUGUCCUGGUGCUGAUGAAUUAUGGCAUUAUGAAUAUGGCGAGUAUUCCCAACAUCCACAGGUACUCCUUUGUUGUAGCUAUGGGAUACCUCACCUUGUGCCACAUAAGCCGAAUAUACAUAUUUCAUUAUGGUAUUCUGACUACAGAUUUUUCUGGUCCACUGAUGAUAAUUACACAGAAGAUCACAACACUUGCAUGCCAACUACAUGAUGGAAUAGGGCGACAAGCUGAGGAACUUACUGCUGAGCAAAAUCGACUUGCUGUGAAGACAAGACCUUCUUUUCUGGAGUAUUUAAGCUAUCUCCUCAAUUUUAUGAGCAUCAUAGCUGGACCUUGCAGCAAUUACAAGGAUUAUAUAGCUUUCAUUGAAGGGAGGCAUGUGCACAUGAAACUAUUAGAAGUGAACUGGAAGCAGAAGGGUUAUGACAGACUUCCUGAUCCUUCUCCAACUGGAGCGGUGAUGUACAAGCUGUGUAUCACACUGGUAUCUCUUGUUUUAUUCCUGACACUUACCAAGAACUUUCCUAUGGCAUAUAUUAUUGAUAAUGAAUUUCUUGAUAAAACACCCUUCUUAACAAGACUUGGUUACCUAUACGUUGUGACACAGUCUGCAAAACCAAAGUAUUACUUUGCAUGGACGUUAGCAGAUGCAGUCAACAAUGCAGCUGGAUAUGGAUUCAGUGGAGUUGACGAAAGAGGUGCUUUCCGUUGGGACCUGUUGUCCAACUUAAAUAUCUGGAACAUUGAGACUGCAACAAGUUUUAAAAUGUACAUUGAAAACUGGAAUAUUCAGACAGCUGCCUGGCUAAAACGUGUUUGUUAUGACAGAGCUCCUUGGUAUCCUACAGCUUUAACAUUUGUCCUGUCGGCACUGUGGCAUGGUAUCUAUCCUGGAUAUUAUUUUACGUUUCUCACUGGAAUCCUUAUCACACUCGCAGCCAGAGCAAUAAGAAACAAUUGCAGACAUUACUUCCUCUCAUCAGUGCCUCUCAAGAUGACCUAUGACGUUGCCACCUGGGUUGUCACGCAGCUCGCGGUGUGCUAUACUGUUGCACCCUUUGUGAUGCUGGCUGUUGAGCCCACAAUUAAGUUUUACAAGUCUAUGUACUUUCACAUGCACAUUCUGAGCAUCUUGGUUUUGCUUUUAUUACCAAUCAGACCUCAAACCCACUCUGUAAGAAGGCCUCAAAAUCAGACCAACCAGAACUCUGUUAAGAGCAAAGACAAAUGAUAUCUCCAAAGGAAAUUGCCAGCACUGGGAAACGAUCUGUCAUAAUGGAAACAAAGAAGAAGACGGGAGUGACGGGUGUUGAAGUACAAGUGGCAUUUAUAUAAGUUAUCUUAAAGUCUUACUGGACAGAGCAGAAGAGAGCCUGAAAGACUGCUUUUCAAAUGACUCCAGUUAACAGAGAUUUACAGGCUAUGUUUACAGGCUCAUAGGGCAUUUUGAUUUUUUAUUAAGUAUUUUUAUGAAAUGUUUUUAUAUAUUUAAACUUUUUCACACGGGCAUUUUUGCCCUUUUACAGAAAUACACACAUUAUUAAUCAAGAAUCUGGUGAUUAAAGGGAUAGGAAGUAGCAAUCACAGAGUUAAAUCUGCUGCCUGAUAGUCUGGUGCUGGAAAUGGCUGACAGGAAGGCUUCUUAUAUACUGGCUGAGAAAAGAGAUGGCAUGAGCAAAAAACUACAGAAAGGAGGAGGAGCUCAGUGUGCUGGUGCUGCGUUCUGCCAGCUUUCUGGGCAGGGCAAACCCCAGGGUGAGGGAUGAAGCUUGAACUCAGUGGCAAGGGUAUUUCACAUUCCUCCAAGUGGCACCUGCUAGCAUGAGGGCAUGACAAGUCCCUUGGGAAUACGUGUCUGGAAACACUGUCAUCUGUCUAGACCAACAUCUAAAAUCAAAUCAAAAGAAAAGACUAGCAAAAGAAGGGAUGCACACCCUGUAGAGUAGGGCUUCUCUAAUGAUGCAGAUGGUACUCGUUGCUACAUCAACAUUACUUUGCAGUUUUACAGUGAUGCAGCACUUCCAUUUUAGUACAAAAAUAACUGAAAAGCAAUGCAAGUUUUGAGUUCCGGAGCUCACGGUUAUGAGUUAAAUCUGAAAAGGGUUUAUAAUGGAUCAGUUCUACUCAAAAACCUCCUAUCUUUUGGAGGGGUUACUUUCCAGCAUGACAACACUAAAGCAAGAUCUGAACAGUAAUUAUCUUAGGAAUCAUAACUAAUUCAGUACAAAAUAAAGAUUGUGAUGGGUUGUGAGUAUCACAAGAGUCACAACCAAGUCCUUGUGCGAUCUCAGAGAGUGACUGAGCCUUUCAGUGCUUGUGAAGUCCCUAUCUUACAGAGACAUGAGGUUUCAUUGGUAAGGGUUUGUUGUGCUUUGGGAUAACUUGCUGCAAAGACUUUUUAGUAUUUUUGUUUGUUUUUAUCCGCUUACCCAGAAAAAACAGACUGACAGGACACAUCAAAACAAGCAUAAACUAACAAAGAAAGAAGGAAACAAAACUUUUCCAGGAAUAUUUUUCUCAGGAUUUUGUAGCAGCAAUUCCCUUGUUAAAGUAUUGGUACUUUUUGAUCAUGUAACCGACAUGAUUGAGAGAAGAAUCUGCUGUUUACUGCACUCUGAUAUUCAUGCAAAUUAAAAUUUUACAGAGUCCUAAUGUUUUGGGAGGAAACAAAUCAAUGAAACCAGAACAAGGUUAAAAAGUGUUUGAUUUUCUUUUCUCUGGUGGGAAGAUUUUGUCCUGUGAUCACCUCAUGAUUUAGAUAUUUUAUUCGCUAAUUUAUUUGGAAGGCGAGAUGGCAUUAAAAGAUUGUUCUGAAUAAACAAACUGCUUUGUGUCACUG